CGACUCGUUCGAGGUUGCUAAAUUAACCAGGCCAAAAAAAAAAAAAAAACACAAAACGGAAAACAAAUAAACAGAAGAAGAAGACGACGAUCAAUUUGGGUAUUUUGAUUUUUGACCACCUUAAUCAAAUGGCAAAUCAACCCACUGAAAUCCCACAAUCAAUCUACAAUUUCACCAUCAAGGAUACCAAAGGAAAUGAUGUCAAAUUAAGUGCGUAUAAGGGCAAAGUUUUGUUGAUUGUUAAUGUUGCUUCAAAAUGUGGAAUGACAAAUUCCAAUUACACUGAGCUAAAUCGAUUAUACAACAAGUACAAAGAUCAAGGUCUUGAGAUACUGGCAUUCCCAUGUAAUCAGUUCGGCGAUGAGGAGCCGGGUAGUAAUGCUGAGAUUCUUGAAUUCGUUUGCAGUCGUUUUAAGUCCGAUUUCCCUAUCUUUGAUAAGAUUGAAGUCAAUGGAGAAAAUGCUUCUCCCUUGUACCAGUUCUUAAAGUUGGGUAAAUGGGGAAUCUUUGGAGAUGAUAUCCAGUGGAAUUUUGCCAAGUUCCUUGUUGAUAAGGAUGGUCAGGUUGUUGGUAGAUAUUAUCCCACAACCUCACCUUUCAGCCUGGAGUACGAUAUAAAAAGCCUAUUGGAGAUUGCAUAAAUUGCUGCCUUGCUCAUGAAAUACGUAUAGUGCACUUUCUCCCAACAUAAGGACAUUGAUUCAUAUAGCUGAUCGAAACAUUAUAUGCCUGGACAAGGAAUGGCAGCCGAUGAAGCUGAAAUUUGCAGUAUAUCAGAAGAUGUUGUAUAGUCGUGUCAUUGAAUAUGUAGUUGGAUUAUGUCCUGAAAGCAAUGGACUGCCUAAUGUUCUUAUUGAAGUGAACAAAGAAGAAAGGUUUAUAUUUUAUGUUGUAAUGUUGUACAAAUAUGAAUAUGAUGAACCUAGUUAUAUUGGUCUGCAACUGAUAUGAAAUUCAGAAUGCUGAAAACUAGUUGAAAUUUGAAACAGUAUUGUUCACAACAAAAUGUGCAAUUAAUUGAAAAAUGAGGGUCGCAGUACUAUUUGCUCAUUUUCUCAA